AUGGCUGGUAAUCAGAGUCAGUUGGAUCACAUGACAGCAGAAAAGAGAGAGACCAUGCCAUCGGAUCAACGAGAGAAGCUUAUUGGGUUUAUUGGGUGUCAGAUGCAUGGAGAAAUUCUUUUUGCUCUGCAGGAUGUACAGAAUCAAAAAUUAAAGACAAGUGUGUGGUACAGAGAGGUUUGGAAUGAUGAGUUUUUGUCCUGGAAUUCUAGUCUGUUCGAUGAGAUUCAAGAGAUCUCUCUCCCUCUCAGUGCCAUCUGGGCCCCUGAUAUCAUCAUUAAUGAAUUUGUGGAUGUUGAAAGAUCUCCUGACCUGCCCUAUGUAUACGUGAACUCUUCUGGAACCAUUAGAAACUACAAGCCCAUCCAGGUGGUCUCCGCGUGCAGUUUGCAGACAUACGCUUUCCCCUUUGAUAUCCAGAACUGCAGUCUCACCUUCAAUAGCAUUCUGCACACAGUGGAAGACAUAGACCUGGGCUUCCUGAGGAACAGAGAAGACAUGGAGAAUGAUAAAAAGGCUUUUCUGAAUGACAGUGAGUGGCAACUUCUUUCCGUGUCUUCCACUUAUCACAUCCGGCAGAGCAGCACUGGAGACUUCGCACAGAUUCAGUUUAAU